AUGUGGGAUCAAAAAUUACGUCUGAGCAAUGAACGAAUGGAACUUUAUGCCAUGAAUGAACUUCAAAAUAUUGAAAGAAUUCGUAAUGCACAAGAACAAAUAACAAAAUCUGUUGAUGAAAUGAUGAGUGAAUUUAAAACUAUAAUGUACAAUAAAUUAAAUCACGUUUUACAAUCAAAUCAACUACUGCCUACUCAACUGCCCAACACACUUGCGCCUUCAACAUUAAUGAAAGAUUGUCCGAAUUUAACCAGUGAGAUUUUUUUCAAUGAGAUGGAGAAACGAUAUUUUACUAAUGAUGCAUCAUUCGAAAAAUAUGCUGAAACAUUAGAAUUUUAUCGGUCAACGUGGACUAUUUUAAAGCAAGAAAAUGAUUAUUUAAGAUCACAGAUGCAAGAGAAAAUGGAGAAGGCCCUGUUAGAACGUGAUACAUAUGUAACAUUAUAUACAAUGGAAAAAACACGUUCUGAAACUUGUGAAAGAAAACUUCGACAUACGAAUAAGUUAUUGGACGAUCAACUUAAACAACUUUCGAAUAAAGAAAACGUAGCAAUACAAAAUUUUGAUAAUGGUAUAAAGUCGGAUGAAUAUGAUAAGUUAAAAAAUCAAAUACAAGAAUUAGAACUACAGAUAAAAAAAGAGAAAGAAAUCAAUUUCAAACAAGAACAAAGUUUAAUUGAACAACAUCAGAAAUCAUUAAAUUUUUUUAUUCAUGAAAGACGAAAUUUAUUUAAUACAAUAUCUGCUUCGAAAGGUAACAUUCAAAUGUUAUGUCGCAUUCGACCACCACUCGAUAUUGAUGGAUCGUCAGAUAUCAUUGUUGUGAAAAAUAAAGAUAUUCCCACUCAAUUGAAUCUUAAAUAUAAAGGACAAUGGCUACCGUUUAGUUUUGAGACGAUAUUUUCAUCAGAUGAUGAUCAACAAAGAGUAUUUCAAGAAAUUCAAUCAACUGUAUUUAGUGUGCUAGAUGGUACAAAUGUUUGUAUAAUGGCAUAUGGAAUGACUAGCUCAGGUAAAACAUUCACAAUUCAAGGAAGUGAGAAUGAUCCUGGUAUUAGUCGUCGUGCAUUAAAAUGUUUAUUCGAGCAAGCAAGUUAUCGUUCAAAUAUGUAUACUAUUAACAUAAAUGUAUCAUGUAUUGAAAUCUAUAACAAUACAAUUUGUGAUCUAUUAUCGACUGAUCAACAACGUUUAGUUAUACGAAUGAAACAAGAUGGUGAAAAUCAUAUCCCAGGUGUAACAAUAAUACCCGUAACGUCACAAGAUGAUGUUCAAUUGCUAUUUUCUACAGCUUCAUUACGUCGACGGACAGCGUCAACGGUUUGCAAUGAAGCUUCCUCACGUUCACACAUGUUAUUGAUAAUUAAUAUUCAAAGUGAAAAUAUUCGUAACGGUGAACAGACAAACGGACGUCUAUUAUUUCUUGAUUUGGCUGGUUCGGAAAAAGUGGAUCGUAGUGAAUUAACUGGUGAACGUUUAAACGAAGCAAAUUAUAUUAAUAAAUCAUUGUCUGAACUUGGUAAUGUCAUACGAGCUAUCGGUGAAAAUCAAGCAUAUGUACCAUUUAGAAAUUGUGAACUAACAUAUUUUCUAAAAGAUACGCUAACAAAUAAUUCAAAAAUUAUUAUGAUCACUCAGAUAGCACCAACGCAAAACUUUGUGGAUGAAACGUUAAGUACAUUACGUUUUGCUCAUACGGCUCGUGCUGUUAGACGUCGUAAUGGCGAUGGACUAGGAACACCGAUAAUCUUACUUUUUACAUCAUCAAAAUCAAAUGUUAUAUUUUGGGGUUUAUCACAAUCUUUAAAAGUACGCGGGCAAGUACACGUAUAG